AUGGCUCAUUUCGUUUCUGCAAAGAAGUCAUUCACAGCAGCAGACACCAGACACCGUGGAGCUUCUCGCAGACCGUCUUAUCCUCUACCACGGAUUUCCACAGGUACUCAUAUCGGACCGCGACCCCCGCUUCCAGUCGAACCUCUGGCAACAACUAUGUCGCCGCUUGUCAAACGCGCCAUGUCCUCGUCCUACCAUCCUCAAAGCGACGGUCAAACUGAAAGGGUUAACCGCACACUGGAGCAGAUGCUUCGUACCUACAUCCAAUCUGACGAACGCGAGUGGGAGCGUUUGCUUCCGGCCCUGGAGUUUGCCUACAACAUGACAAGCCAUUCAUCUACCGAGCUCUUUCCCUUCGAGGUCAUGGUCGGCGAGAACGCGCUGACUGCUGCGAAUCUUGAUAUCGUAGGCGCCUUAGCCCCUACGCUCACUCCUCCGAUGACUAAGCUCUUCCGGCAGCUCUGA